CGCCGUGCGGCUGCCCCUCCAACUUGCGCAAUCGCAGCUGCAGCUUUCCAGCUUCUACAAAGCACUUGCACAACCCAAGCGAUUGCAGUUCAGCACACGCAUCCAUGAUGCCGCAAGAACUCCUUAUCGACGUCCGCUCGCCCCUCGAAUUCUCCACAGGUCCCCUCGUCUCCGACAUCGCACCCACCGUCAAUAUCGAAUACACAUCCAUCGAUUCGCUGGCCGAUAUCUAUGCGCUGCAAAAUAUCGCCGUCAGCAAGGAUGACCAUAUCACACUAUAUUGUCGCUCUGGUAGAAGGAGCGAUAUCGCGAAGACGAGGCUCGAGCAGUUAGGGUAUAAGCGUGUGAGGGAUAUUGGCGGGUUCGAGGACGCGCGGAGGACGCUGGACAGGGAGACUGUUGCGAGGCAAUUGGACGGGAUGACGGGAGAUGAUGAUACGGGAGCCCAGGACGCUGGUACUGGCGCUGCCGCGAGCAAGAAUGAUGGCAGAGAAGAGGUCAGGCAGAAGAGUUUGGAUGCGCUCCUGGCUGGGCUGAAGGAGUGUGGUGAGUUAGAGAGGGCUAGUGGAGCUUAGAGCACAGGGUUUGAGAAGGCUGUCAACAUGAUGGCUUGGAUCGAAGGUCAAUUGACAGAAUAAGAAGGGAAUAUGAAAGCGCAAGUGGAGGCUCUCGAUAUGGAAGAGGGU